AACCGUGGACUUCCGACGUAUCGACGACAUCCGCCGCGCUAUGACGUCACAGAGCCCGCGGCCCCGCCCCCGUUUUCUCCCUGGGCGCCGCCCUCCGCUCCUCCCAAGGGGUGGGGCGUUGCGAUGAAACGGGGCCACGAGCCCAAGCCGGCCUUCGGUGGAGCAGGUGAGGCGGGACCAGGCGUGAUGGCAGCCUGUCCCACGGGCCGGCCCGGACGGCUCCAGCGCCAUCUCCUGAGCGGCGAAUUCGACCAGCUGCGAGACUUCCCCAUCUUUGAGAGCAACUUCGUGCAGCUUCUAACCUCUGAUGCCACCCCUCCCCCGGCCCAGGUGACUCGGUUAGGAGAAGUUGCCAACAAGGUCACCAUGGGAGUGGCAGCCUCCAGUCCAGCCCUGGAACUCCCAGACCUGUUGCUUCUGGCGGGCCCUGCCAAGGAGAAUGGACACCUGCAGCUCUUCGGGCUGUUCCCCUUGCAGUUCGUCCAGCUCUUCGUCCACGACGAAAGCCGCUGGCAGCUCAAGGUCAAGUUCCGCACUGGCCGUGCCUUCUACCUGCAGCUGCGGGCCCCUCCCGAGAGCCGCGACCGCGAGUUCGGCCAGUGGGUGCGCCUGCUCUACCGCCUGCACUUCCACUCGGCCCAGGGAGCCGUGCCUUUCACGCAGGACUACUCGGCGCUGGAGGACGACGAGGACGAUGACGAAGAGGAGGACGGCGAUCUGCCAGCGGGAGAGCUUCAAGCCAUGGAAGCCAGACUUGACCCACAGAUGUCUGAACUCUGGGGACUCUGACUCCUCCAACGUUCUUUGAGGUCACCAAAAGACCAGAGAUCAAAGUGUCCCCUACCUUGGGGCCAGACAGAUGAAUUAAUAUUAAAGUUACUAAAGAUCGGCCACUUAAGAACU